UGUGUGUGUGUGUGUGUGUGACAGAGAGAGCUUUGCUUUCACGCCUUGCUGAGCAGUGAAAGAGUAUCUGUCACAGGAACAAGCCCAAAGAGAACAAGUAAAAGUUAGGCAAAAAGACUCGGGGAGAAGGACAGAGGCGGAGAACGAAGAGAUAGAGAAAGAGUUGGCUGAAAGCAGCUUCUGUCUUCCCUCCCACCCCCUGACUGUCCUCCCUCCUCUCUGCCCGUCCGGGAGCGAGAGGAAAAAGAAAAGCAGUGCAGAGAGAGAGAGAGACGGAGAGGGAGCUCAACCACGCUCGCUCUUUAGCGCAGGACUCAGGAAUUCCAGGACCUUUGGAGUUGUGUGCACACAUACACUGACACACACACAUGCUGCUUUUCUUGUGGUGAUACAAAUCUCAGGAGGACUCAGAGAGGGAGUAAAAGAAAGAGACAGACAGGGGACAUUAGAGAAUCCUUUAAAGCCCUUUCCUGUGGACUAUUUGACCAUGAUGGCACCUGCCAAGGGGGAAAGUGUCUAGGAGGGGCUGAGGACUGAACCGGGACGCAGGCGGAGGAAUCUGCGGAUGAAGGUCUCUAUUCCCAUGUGUGAAGUUUUUAUCCAGUCUUGGAUGUGAAAGGUGAACUUGGUCGUCCUUCACCAGAGGAGUAGUGCUUCUUCAGAGACUCUUCAGAACCAAGGAGGGUUUUAUAACGAUUACACUGAAUAUCAAGAACUUGAAAGGAGCUCCUGCAAAAGCAAACAACAAGAGGGAGAAUCUGUGUUGGGUUUACAGAGCUUAGCAGAUCCUGAAUCCUCACCAACAACGACUAAGCCAGAACAAGUCCAAGGGAUAUCGUUCUGCUCUGAACCAGAACCAGACUCGAACAAAAGAUAAUAAGACAAAUAUUGAGCAUUAAGUGGAAACUAGGCCAUAAUCCAGCUGAAAGUCCCUUACCAGACUGUCACUUUUGAAAGGAAACAGUUUGUUCUAAGUGUGCCAAGAUGAUGACCAUGAUGAUGAUGAUGGCGGCCAUGAUGGUGACCUGCAGCUCUUUGUUCCUGCUGGGUCUGGCCGCCGCCGCCCACGCUUCCUCCCCUACCAUGACACGCACUUCCUCUUCAUCUUCUACAUCCUCCUCUUCUUCGUCCUCCUCCUCACCACGCAUGAAGCUCUCAUACAAAGAGUUGCAGCAGUUUCAUGGAGUGCGCCGGUUCGAGCUGGAGCGUUCCUGCUGCUUCAGCGCUCUGCUGCUGGACGAAGAGAGAGGCCGCCUCUUUGUUGGGGCCAAGAACUUCCUGCUGUCGCUAUCACUGGACAACAUCGCCAAGCAGGAACACAAGAUCUACUGGCCCGCUCCGGUCGACUGGAGGGAGGAGUGUAACUGGGCCGGCAAGGAUAUCACGUCCGACUGUGUGAACUAUGUGAAGAUUGUGCACCACUUUAACCGCACCCACCUGUACGCCUGUGGGACCGGGGCCUUUCACCCUACCUGUGCCUUCGUGGAGGUGGGACAAAGGAUGGAGGACCACGUGUUCAGGAUUGACCCCUCUAAGGUGGAGGACGGGAAAGGGAAGAGUCCAUAUGAUCCUCGCCACAACGCUGCAUCUGUACUCGUCGGUGAUGAGCUAUAUGCAGGCGUAGCUACAGACCUAAUGGGACGGGACUUCACCAUUUUCAGAAGCCUGGGGAAACGCCCCUCCAUCCGCACCGAACAGCACGACUCCCGCUGGCUCAAUGAACCAAAGUUUGUUGGUUCCUUUUGGGUCCCAGAAAGUGAAAACCCUGAUGACGACAAGGUGUUUUUCUUUUUCCGUGAGACGGCGGUUGAGGCCCAGGGUCUGGGAAAGUCCACUUACUCCCGCAUUGGACAGCUCUGCAGGAAUGACAUGGGCGGUCAGCGGAGUCUGGUGAACAAGUGGACGACAUUCCUCAAGACCCGUCUGAUCUGCUCGGUGCCAGGUGCAGACGGCAGCGACACAUACUUUGACGAGCUGCGCGACGUGUUUCUGCUGCAGACGCGUGACAGGAAGAACCCUCUGGUCUACACUGUCUUCUCUACUUCCAGCAGUGUAUUCAAAGGCUCAGCCGUGUGUGUCUACUCCAUGAAUGACAUCCGGAGGGCCUUCCUGGGGCCCUUCGCUCACAAAGAGGGGCCCAACUACCAGUGGGUCCCCUUCCAGGGAAAAGUCCCCUACCCACGCCCAGGAAUGUGUCCCAGCAAGACAUUUGGCAGUUUUGAGUCCACGAAGGGUUUCCCAGAUGAUGUGAUCCAGUUUGCGCGUCACCACCCUCUGAUGUAUAACCCGGUCUACCCUAUGAGCCGACGUCCAGUAUUCGUCAGAACCAACGUGGACUACAGCUUCACACAGAUUGCUGUGGACAAAGUCAACGCUGCGGACGGACAGUAUGAUGUGAUGUUUAUUGGCACAGACAAAGGGACAGUACUAAAGGUGAUCAAUAUCCCCAAGGAGAGCUGGAACAACAUGGAGGAGCUUCUACUGGAGGAGCUGGAGGUCUUUAAAGAUGCCUCCUCUAUCAUCGACAUGCAGAUAUCUUCAAAACGGCAACAGCUGUAUCUGGGCUCAGACACAGGCAUUGCCCAGGUCCCCCUGCACCGCUGCAGUGUGUAUGGGAAGGCCUGUGCUGAGUGCUGCCUGGCAAGAGACCCAUACUGCGCCUGGGAUGGAACAUCCUGUACUCGCUACCUGCCAAAUACCAAGAGACGUUUCCGUCGCCAGGAUGUAAGGAACGGAGACCCCAACACCCUGUGCUCUGGAGACCACCAUAAGCAUCGCAUUGCAGAGAGGAAGCUGUAUGGAGUUGAGGGAAGCAGCACUUUCUUGGAGUGUAUCCCCAAAUCCCUUCAGGCCAAGGUCACAUGGACUUUCCAGAAACAUCCACAGAACCCACGGGAAGAGGUGCGUCUCGAUGACCGCGUCCUCCACACAGACAGAGGGCUUCUGGUUCGUCGUGUCCUUAAGAGAGACGUCGGCCUCUACCAGUGCCAUGCCAUGGAACACGGCUUCACCCAAACAUUACUAGGCAUCACCUUGGAAGUGGUACCUUCAACAUCGUCAUCAGUUUCCAACCUACCCUCCGAUGCCCCUGUCCGAUUAGAACCCCGCAGCGGAGGUGGCCCCCCAGUUACCAACCAAAAGCUUUGGUACCGGGACUUCAUGCAGUUGGUGGACCACCCUAACCUGAGCACCGUCGACCAGAUUUGUGAGCAAGUGUGGGCACGAAAGAAUGCCGGAGCUGACCAAGCGGAUAAAACCUUUCCUACUCCGGGGAAGGAAGUCCCACCUCUGGGCCCAGCUGUCCGCCCAGCUAACAAGAAGUGGAAGCAUCUUCAAGAGAUUAGGAAGGGGAGAAACCGCCGGACCCACGACGGGAAACCUAACCCCCGGGCUCCUCGCAGCGCAGGGCUGUAACAACACAUAGAUGGAGGGAGAAAAGAAUGACUGAUACAAGAAAAAAUUGAGAAGAAUGAUAGAACGAGACUGAGAAAACAAAGAACUCUUGGAGGUGUUCAUGCAUACAAAUACACCAAUGCACAUAAAAACACAUGCAGACACACACACAGCACCUCCUCCAUUGUGUAUAUUUAUCUAUCGAUUCCCCCACUAUACGGUACCACUGGCCAGCCGAUGCAUGUGCUGUCCAAAUUGAUUCUGCACGAUCCCUUUACACUGUUCCAUUAGCGUAGUUGAGUGUACAAACAGGUAUGUGGGAGUGAACCUACCUUUAUCCGUGGACAACAAACACACUUACCCUUCUUACCCUUUGCCACUGACUGUAUAUGGAAACACCGGAUUACCACAUUUUUUGUUGGGUAAUUAAAGUUGGCCUACUACACAUACUCUAUGUGGCUCACAGUAUGAACACCCACUCUCUGGACUAUACCACUCUGAACAAAAUCAACGUCCCAAAGUUUGGAUGACCUCUCCGUAUGGCUUUUCAUACCUGGAUAUUUCAUAGUAGUGAAGAAAAAUUGCGGACUUGAGUGCUGCGUAAAAUGCGGGAAUGGAAUAACUGGAAUACUCUGCUUAGUAAGGGUCUCAAACUGGAAACACGUUUAACUAUUUAUGUUCAAUUCCACAAUGAUGCAGAUUAAUAGAAACAUUUUAGAACAUGAUAAGCACACAUUUAUCAAUCUCCUGAGGUGGGGUUGGUGCACAUAUUUACAGUAACCUCAAUUUGUUCAUGGUUUUGUGUACAUAUAACACAUUGCAGUAACAGAAGAGAUACAGAUACCAGCUCUGUGGGACCGCCUGUGGAACAGAUCAGCAUGAUGCAAAACUGCUUUUAUUAUAUAGUUGGGUUUUUUGUGGUUUCCUUAGGCACAUUGAGGCAUGUUGCAGAAAAAUAAAUCACACAAUUCAACGCAGUUAUGGUUAGAGAGCCGUCGAAUCUGGCAAGAUAUGAUUACACUGCUUGUGUUGUAAAAACCACUAGAGAAUUGGGGGUGGAAAAACUACUGGCAUUCCAUGAUGUGAGAGAAAGAUGAGUUUACAGUACGCAGAUGAAGCUUGAGCUCAAAGAAGUUCAAUUUCAAAAGUGACUAAAGCCCAAAUAAUACGUGGAUUACGUCUAAGCAAGUUUCAAAAUUAUUGUAAUAAGCAUCAGAUGUGCAUAAAUAAAACAGUUUUGACAAAAUCCAAAUACCUUCCUUUAAAAUCCACUAUUUAUUGGUUUUUAUUUUUGGCUGUGUUUAAUGUUUUGUGCAUUAACAUUAAGGAGAAAUGGUGGUUUUUGGGUGAAAAGCAUUAAUAUGAUGAGGAGAUAGAGGGAAGUGGACUCUAGUAUGACAACCCAUGUUUCUGGGCUACAGUACAGUAUAUAUAUUAGCAUGAUAUUUAUGAGUGAAACUAUGAUUUUGUUUUUUGUAUUCUAAGGUACUUCUACUCCUUGCUCUUUUACACUGUUCUUGCAUAUGUUGUUUGUGAUAAAUACAUAUAUGCAAAUAAUAUGAGAUGAGUGUUAUGCCGACACCUCCUCCAGCACGAAAAGUGCUCAGAAAGCUGUUGUUCUGCGCGACCCACAAUGCAUUUCACUGUUUGCAAAAACAAAACAAAUUCCAUCUGACUCUAUACACCGUUGGAAUCACUUUCAACGUUAGUCAUUAAUAUCAUUGACUUUUGCUGCUUAAUGAUGUCAUAUCUUCCUGAUGUACAAUUAGUACGAUAAGGUCUUCCUACUUCCUGUCUUUAGUCCUCCCUUUCUCUGUGUAUUAUCUGUAAAGAAACAUGUUUGUUGCUGUCUGUGCUGACAUGGUGUGUGUAGCCUUCCCCUUAGUGUCCAUUGUGUGUACAGGCUCAGAUGAGGAGCCUAUCUGUGGUACCAUACUUUAUCAUAUCAUAGUCUAUCCACAUGAACGAAAGCCACUGGUCAUGUAACUGGUCAUGCACAUCAUGCAUUUAGGUUUUGCGUUCAUGAAAUCGUAUGAUUUUAAUGAUGAAUUUAUAGUCUAAUUUGUGUUGCUGCCACACAUUUCAGAGAAAUAUCAAGGUUUCAAAGAUUUUCAGCUUACUGAAGUUUUACUAUUUACUAUUUGUGUGGUCAUUAAUUCACACAGGCCCUGAUAGCAGGAGGCAGCACAAAUUAAGUCAGCGAGUGGAUUUUAGAUGUAUGGAAUCAUUAUCGUUGUUAUUUAUAUACCUUCUUUAUAGAGAUGUAAUUAACUCUUUUAACCGAACUGAACUGACUGACUCUAAAGUACUGACUGUAAAAGGGACACUCUGCAUUUUGACACCACAUCCUUUUUUGGCAAAAAAACUGUUUAAAUGCUGACAUCAUUUAAACCCCAGAACUAAUUUAAUUUAGACUACUAAUUAACUAAAUGGAUAUUAUUAGUGAUGUAUUAUUUCUUUAAUAAUAGAUGAUUGGUAGUGAUGUCAAAUUUGCCUGAGUCUCUCUUUUUAAGCCAGCUGUUGUUUUGUGCUCUUUUGAAAUUGCAUGACCAAUGUUAGUGGCUAACGCGUUUGACAAUGGUGCGGCGAGAAAGAGCGAGAGAAAGAAAGCACAAAGUUGAAUAUUAAUAUUAUUCCUAUGUAUUUAUGUGCAAAGAUAAGCUGAUAUGUUGUGGUGGAUUCUUUUAUUUUUUGUUAUAAAUGUCGAUUUUCAUCUGUAUUGUUCAUGUUCUGCUGAAAAUGACUCAUCCUCAACAAUUGUUUUGGACAUUGCAGCCAAUUGUUAAAAAACCUCAUCCAGUGUCCAGUUAGUCUUUGUUGUUCACACAGCCCUCCAAUCAACACUCCUGUUGUAUCCCAUGCCAUGUGACGCACCCCUGUACGAUAGCUCACAAGGAGAGGCUUGUGUUUGUAUGUGUGUGUGUGUGUGUGUGAAAGAGUUUUUGGGGAAAGCAGAGCUCUGUACUGUAUAUAAUGGCAAAGGAACAGUGUGUGUGUAGAGCGGUCUGUAGGUGAGAGUUCAAAGGUCGAAGGUCGAAGACCAAAGUUAACGUGGUGCACUGUAAUACUCCCAGAGGUCUUUGUGAAAUGUCAUGUCAGAUUGUUUUUGAUUAACACAAUAAAAAUAUGCAGUUACUUAAA